AUGGGAAUUCGAAAUGCAGACGAUCUGUUCUUUGCUGCGCAAGAAAAAGUUACGUGUGUUAGCCUUUUUGCACCUAUUGACAAUGAAGAAUUGAUUGAUUUUGGCUCUGAUUCUGACGAAGAAUCCUCGUCACUGUCAUUUCGUGGUCGGAGUCGCAAGAAGAAACGAACGAUAAACAGCCGACCUCUAGAUCGAACACCGUCCUCGUCUCCCCCUCCCUAUACUAAUUGCAACUAUAGAAGCUUUAAAGCAAAAUGCGGGAAUUCCUUAUCGGAACAACACCACUCACUCUCCAAUCGUAUUCUUAAGCCUUCCGCUCAGGAUUUAUGUCCAUGGAACUGCGCAAAGAAUUUGCAAUUUGUAGCGUCUUCGUUUCUGCCUUUGAAAAACGAAUGUGCUAUUGACGCAAUGUUUGUGGUGCCACGUGUCGUUGCAAAGGUACUUGGAAAAAUAUCAAUAAUCGUCAACUGCUGGGGUUUACUUUUCAUGUUCUCUGCUUAUGUUGGUCGUCACUUUCUGGAUCAAUAA